AUGAGCGUCGCCCGCCCGGCGCGCAGCCUUCUGCGCACGUGCGUCGCCUCUGCCCGCACCGCGCAAACCGUCGGUUGCCAGCAUCAGCAGCAGCAUCAGCAUCAAUUCCACACUUCGGCGCCCCGCCCCUCGAAGCGGCGAUCACGCUUUCGCAAUGUCAAGGCCGAGGACCUGGGUCUGCUGAACAGCCCCGAGAAGCUCGCCAAGUACCGCCAGGACAAGUUCGCCGACUACACCAAGGAGGAGCUCGAGGCCCUCAAGAGCAAGUACACGCCCGAGCAGAUCGAGGCCAUCAAGGCGGGCGAGGAGGCCAUUGACCCCAACGACCUCAUUUUCCAGGGCCGGCUACGAGAUGACCCCUACAGGCCGCAGUACAUCGAGGACUACACCGUGCUGGACCCGCGGUACGACGUCAAGCCGGAGCUGGACGGCACGCCCUUUGAGCCGCAGUGGUUGAACCCCAGCGACUGGGCGGACAAGUACGGCUCCAAGCUGACGGACCUGACGGACAAGAAGACGAGCGAGCAGCUCACGAGAUCCAUGGUUCGCGCCCUGCGGAGAGUCAAGGAGAGCAACGGCGCAGAGCUGAUAGACCUUACGGAGGAGGAGCUGGUGGAUCUCGAGAAGGACCCCGAGCUGCUGAAGAAGUAUCUGGUCGAGGAGGACGCCGAAGCCAAGUCGGACGACGACUCUGCCAUCCUGACCAAGGAGCAGGUCAUGAAGCUCGACAAGGCCAUCGACGAGGAGUGGAAGAAGGAGCUUAGCAAGAUCAGCGAGGGCCCCGACUCGGGUGAGGGCGAGCCUUCCAACCUGGAGCUGAUCGAGGACGGCCCCGCUGGCACCAUCCGGCUGCACACCGCCGAGGCCGUCGAGCUGGGCAAGGUCCCCGGCGUCGAGGGCCUGUACAAGUCGGCCGCCGACCCCGAGGACGAGGGCCAGGACGACGACGGCCGCUACCAGGAGAUUAAGCGGCUGACGGGCAUGUCGCUGCGGGACAUCCAGUCCAUCUACCGCAAGGUGCUCGUCCAGCGCUGGGUCACCAACCAGACCCGUCUGGGCAAGGUGCGCAGCACGUCCAUUGUCGCCAUCGCGGGCAACGGCAACGGCCGCCUGGGUCUCGGCAUUGCAAAGUCCACUGAGGCCGGUCUCGCGGCCGAGACGGCGCAGCUGCUGGCCAUUCGCAACAUGAAGCCCAUCAGGCGGUACGAGAACCGGACGAUUUACGGAAACGCAAAGGCCAAGGUUUCGGGUACUGUCGUUGAGCUGUUUGCCCGCCCUCCCGGCUUCGGUCUCCGCUGCCCGCACCGCAUCUUUGAAAUGUGCCGUGCCUCUGGCAUUCACGACAUUGCGGCGCGCAUGCCCCGGUCCAAGAACCCCAUGAACUCCGUUAAGGCGGCGUAUGAUGCCCUGAUGAACCAGGUCGACCCCGAGGAGAUUGCCAUCGGACGGGGCAAGAAGAUGGUGGAUGUGCGAAAGGUGUACUAUGGCGGCAAUGUAUAUUAA